AUGGCCCCGUGGUGGUACACGGCAGGCAGCGCCCUGGUUCUGUCACUCCAGGUGACUGCCUGGGACUAUUCAACUUACAGCUCGAUCGACUUCCAGCCGCCGAAGCUCGAAGUCAACAAGACCGGAACUGCGCAUUCUGGCUACAUCUUCCUCGGUCCUCGUGGAGACGUCCAGGACACUGGCUCCGCUGCGCUCAUUUAUGACGAUGCGGGGGAUCUCGUAUACGAAGGCCCUGAAGGUGUGACUGCCAACUUCAUGGUGCAAAAGCUCUUCGGCAAGGAUGUUAUCACCUUCUGGGCCGGAGACAUGAUGUCCAUCGGUUACGGUUAUGGAACCGUGCACAUCCUCGACGAUACCUACAAGGAGAUCUACACUGUCCAACUGACAGGCGACUUUGUCACUCCGGACGGCUCAAGCAAGGACUCAUACUGUGACAUGCACGAGAGCCGAAUCACUUCCCGCAACACCCUCAUUUGCACCGCCUACAACGUCACUCAGCAUGACCUGACUUCUAUCAACGGCACAUCCUCCCAGUGGAUGCUGGACAGCCAGUUCUACGAGAUCGACAUCCCUACCAACCAGGUGGUGCACUCAUGGAGUGCACUUGGCCAUGAAGCUGACAUCCCCCUGACGACCUCUCACCAGGGCCUUGGAAAGGAUGUCGGUACCCAGGAUGCCCCCUAUGAUGCCUACCACAUAAAUUCCAUCACCACCACCAAUCAUGGCUAUCUUCUCUCGCUGCGCCACAUGUGGUCCGGCUACUAUAUAUCCCAGAACGGCAGCGUGAUGUGGCAGGUUAGCGGCGAGGACGGGACUGACUUCAAGCAGAUUGGCAAUGCCGAAUUCUCGUGGCAACAUGACAUGCGCGUCUACAACGAGACAGACGACGGCCUCAUCAUGAACCUGUUUAACAACGCCAACACACCCACCGACGAAGAGUCCGAGUCCACUGGCAUCAGCUUGGCUAUUGACUUGGACAAAAAGACCGUCACCGGCCUCCGCUCCCUGACCGACCCCAGCGAUCCCAUCCACUCUGUCAGCCAGGGCAGCUAUCAGCUCCUCAGCGAAGUGGACAGCCAUGCUUUCCUGGCCUACGGCUCCAUUUCCAAGGUUAAGGAGUUUGAUGGUGAGGGUAACGUCGUCUUCAGCGCUCAGUUCGGUGACGACAAUGCCGUUGCCUCUUACCGCGGCUACCGCUACGAGUGGACUGCUACUCCCUUCUGGAAACCUUCCGUAUCGGUCAAGAGCACCAGCUCCGGUGCCACCAUCUACAUGAGCUGGAACGGUGCUACCGAAUAUGACAACUGGGUUAUCUACGCGGCUUCCUCUGCCACCUCUACCAACAAUACCCAGAUCGCCACGGCUAAGCGCACUGGCUUCGAGACUUCUGCUACUCUUACCGACCCUCCUACCAAUUUCCUUCAGGUUGUCGCUCGCAAGGGUACCACCGUUCUUGCCACCUCUGAGAUUGUCUCAUUCUAA